AUGGACGUCGAGGCCACCAUCGAGUCGGUUCCCUACGACAUCAUGCUGGUGAUUGCCGAGCUGUGCACGAGGGAUGUCCAACCACUGGCUGACGGCCCGCCAUCCUCGUACGCCCGUCACCACGCUGCCAUGGCUCGCACAAGCAAGUAUUUCCAUGGCAUCCUCAAUCGCGCGCUUUACAUGCGCAAUAUCAGAAAAGAGCCGCCCGUUAAUUCCUGCGUCCUCUGGGCCGCUCGCAAGGGCAGCCUGGGCACCAUCCAGCGCGCCCACGAGUAUGGCGCCGACCUUGACGCAACCGGCGCACGAGACGAGGACGACUACGACCAGACCUGGCAGUCCAUCCCAGGAAGUAUCAACUACUUUGCCUCUCCACUGCACCUGGCCAUCAAGAACGACCACCCCGCCAUCGUCCAAUACCUGCUCUUCAACGGAGUCGACGUGCAUUCGCAAGCCCGGGACUUUUGUGGCUGCCAGGAACCUCCGUUCUCGGGCAAAUGCUACCCGCUGCAUAUUGCUCUCGCGCAUGCCGAUGAGGAGGGCUCCGGCACCGACUACGCCGGCCAGCUCGUGCAGCACGGUGCCCACAAGAUCGCCGACGACAUCCCGGCCUUGGCUGAUCUCGCACGCGCCGGCCGCUUCAGCCUUGUUGAUUCCUUGAUUAAGCGUGAGGACGACUUCUCCGUCACUGCUGCCCUCCAUUAUGCCGUCUCGAAACAUGACCUUGGCCUCGUCGACAAGCUGCUCGCUCGAGAUGGCGUCAACGCCGGCGCAAAGAACUGGAAGCGAUACGGCCCUCUCCACAUCGCCAUCUCAGAAGCGACCGAUGAUCUCUCAAUCAUCAACCGUCUGCUUCAGCGACCUGAAGUCAACGCCUCAGAUGUGACCCCCGGAUGGGAAACACCCUUUCACAUCGCGGCAUCGAAGGGUCGGAGUGACAUCGCAAAGGUCUUGCUCGAGCGAUCCGACGUGAGCCCCGUCGCAAAGACUCUCGCCGGUCUCAACGCGUUGCACCUCGCUGCCCAAUCUGGCCGCAAGGACAUGGUUGACGUCUUGCUUGCUAUCCCUGACUUCCCAGUGGGUAUUGUUGACGAUCAGGGCAUGAACGCUCUGCACCAUGUUUGCCGCACUCAGGAGACUGAGGAGGUGGGAGCCAUUCUUGAGUCGCUGAUUAGCCACCCGGACAUCCAUAUCGACCUCAUGUCCGGCUUUGGCACACCACUCUUCAUGGCCGUCAAGAACAGGAACUUUGCGGUCGCUGCCGCUCUUGUCCGAGCAGGAAGCAACAUCAAUCCCCCAUCUCCCGAGCAAGCACUCACUACCCCUGCAUCUCUUCUCCACGAAUGUCUCCUGGGUUAUUCGAAAGGUCAGGCCGAGCUCGUUCACGAACUCAUCCAACACGGCGCAGAUGUCAAUCUGAUGACCCCGUUCCAUGGAAAGGACGCGACGCCUUUGUUCUUCGCCGCCGCUUUUGCAAACAAUGUGGAGGCAGUCAGGAUGCUGCUUGAGGCAGGCGCCAACAUUCACUGCCUCGUCCGGGAUCUCUGGGUCCCAUUCGAGAGCUGCAUGACACUCAUCACCGCCAUCCUCGAGACCUUCUUUGACCGCUGCCACCCGGGACACCUUAGGAAGGAGUCCAUCGGCGCUCUCACCGCCUGCCUGGAACUGCUCCUCGAGUAUGGCGCCGUCUUGGGCCUCCCGUCGCGCCCAUCAGAGGAUAACUUCCACUCUGCCCUCCACUGCGCCAUGCAGAUGACGGCAGCCGGGUUCCAGGACAUCCUAGACGUCCUUCUGAAGCACUCCGAGGCUAGAAACAUUAGCGAGGACUACCUCGACGACUUCAUCACCGGCCAGAUUGACAUGUCACGGCAGGGGCUCAUCCCGCGCGCUUCGCUGGAGAAGCUGAUGAGCUUCAGAACCCGCAUCUUCCCGCGCAAGAGGUCCCAAAGCUGGAACGACUCGAGCUACGCUGACCUGCUCAUCAGCAACUCGCUUCAUUACGACUUCUGA